UCAAAGUCAAAACCCUUAAAGAAAAACAGAGACCAUCACAAAUCUCUUUUUCUCUCUCUCUCUAAUCUCUUCAAUGGCUUCUUCUACUUCAACCCUUCUUGGCCCACCUUCCGUCGCCUCUUUAGAGACUCCGAACACUAAUCCGCCGGAAACCCCUGUUUCCGAUGACCACAAUUUGAUCUCCAAAACCGCCACACUAAACCUCGAAGGAAAACCACCGAUGGGUCUAACCGAAAACUUCUCGCCAACUUUUCUCUCCUCGGGGAACCCAUGUCUCGAUUUCUUCUUCCACAUCGUCCCCGACACGUCUCCCGGCGAUCUGAUUCAACGGCUGGCGGUUUCUUGGUCUCACGACCCGUUGACCACGUUGAAGCUCGUCUGCAAUCUCAGAGGAGUUCGAGGAACCGGAAAAUCAGACAGAGAAGGGUUUUACACUGCCGCGUUUUGGCUUUACCAGAAUCACCCGAAAACCCUAGCUUUGAAUCUCCCUUCUCUCGUCGAUUUCGGGUAUUUGAAAGAUUUGCCUGAGAUUCUUUAUCGGAUCCUCGAAGGUCAGGAAACAGAGAGAGGGAAGAAAAUGUCAUGGAGGAAGAAGACUCAGAGGAAAUUCAAGCGUAAGAGCAGCGAAAGGUCCAACCUUUCUGGUGAUUUGGAAGAUCGGAUUCUUGAAAACGCAGAGGAGCUUGCUGGUCCUGUAGAUAAAACCAAGGCCAGGGCUUUACGGAAACAGAAAGAGUUGGAGAAGGCGAAGAAGGCUUUAGAGAGGUAUAAAUCAGAUGCCAAUUACAGAUUACUGUUUGACAAAGUUGCAGAUUUGUUUGCUGAUUUGUUGAAAUCAGAUCUGAAGUGUUUGAAUUCUAAUGAGCCGAAUAAGAUUGGUUUAGCUUCGAAGUGGUGUCCUUCUGUUGACUCUUCGUAUGAUAAGACUACUUUGAUAUGUGAAGCAAUUGCUAGAAGAAUGUUCUCUAGAGAUGAGUACCAAGGAACAGAGGAAGUGCAUUACGCUUAUAGGAUUAGAGAUAGGUUGAGGAAAGAGGUUCUUGUGCCGUUGCAUAAAGCUCUUGAAUUGCCUGAGUUGUCUAUGAGUGCAAAUGAAUGGAAUCUAUUGAAGUACAAUAGAGUUGCUUCCGUGGCUAUGAAGACUUACAAGAAGCUCUUUGUGGAGCAUGAUGGCGAGAGGUUUUCGCAGUUUCUUGAGGAUGUGAAGUCGGGAAAGGCGAAGAUCGCUUCUGGUGCGUUGCUUCCACACCAGAUAAUCAGCCAGCUUGAGGAUGAUAGUGGGAGUGAAGUUGCAGAGCUUCAAUGGGCUAGAAUGGUUGAUGAUGUUGCCAAGAAAGGGAAGAUGAGGAACUCUUUGGCGAUUUGUGAUGUCUCUGGAAGCAUGAGUGGUACUCCUAUGGAGGUUUGCGUGGCGCUUGGUUUAUUGGUCUCGGAGCUUAAUGAAGAGCCGUGGAAAGGGAAAGUUAUCACCUUUAGCGAAAACCCGCAGCUUCAUGUAGUCACGGGUUCGAGUCUGAGAGAGAAGACAGAGUUUGUCAGGGAAAUGGACUGGGGGAAUAACACGGAUUUCCAGAAGGUGUUUGAUCGGAUUCUAGAGGUUGCAGUGGAGAAUAAUUUAACCAAAGACCAGAUGCUCAAGCGUUUGUUUGUGUUCAGUGACAUGGAGUUCGAUGAAGCUAAGGGAGACAGUGGUUGGGAACGUGAUUCGGACAGUGAUUCGGAGGUAGAUUACUCUGUUCGUUACGAGGAACAGUUGAAGAGGGCAAAGCAACGGUCCAAGGAGAAAUGGGAAACAGAUUAUGAGUUGGUUCAGAGGAAGUAUAAGGAGAAUGGUUUUGAGAAUCCUCCUGAGAUUGUGUUUUGGAACUUGAGAGACUCGUCGGCUACACCCGUGGUGGCUAAGCAGAAAGGAGUGGCUUUGGUUAGUGGGUUUUCGAAGAAUUUACUGACUCUGUUUCUUGAGGAAGGUGGGAUUGUGAAUCCUGAAGAUGUCAUGGGGUUAGCCAUUAAAGGUGAGGAGUACAAGAAGCUUGUUGUUUAUGACUGAGUUACACAUACACAAGCUAUAACGCUUAAUACCUAGCACCAUAUUAUAUAUUUAUCAGUUUUUUUCUUUUGAGUUUUACACCAACUAAAGUUUGAAUUUUUUUUUUUCGUGUUCUAUUUUUGAUCUGUGGUAUUAUGCGAUGAAAUGAAUGAAAUCUUGUUUA